AGACUUCGUUUGACAGUUCGAGUCCAGAUAACUGCUGAAGCAUUUCAAAAUGAAUAAUUCAAUCAGAAUGACAAAGAGAAAGUGAAGUUGGCUCUCUGUCAUCAGAGGAUCAUGACUUUGACCCUACAGCUGAAAUGUUGGUACAUGAUUAUGAUGAUGAGAGAACUCUUGAAGAAGAAGAAAUGAAGGAAGACGGAAAAAACUUUACCUCUGAAAUUGAAGAUUUAGAAAAGGAAGGAAACAUGCCUUUGGAAGAUUUAUUAGCCAUUUAUGUCUAUGAGCCUGCAGAUCCAGUUAUGGCAGGAUCCAGCGUGGGUAGUUCUCCCAGCGAGUUGGCUGAUGAGCUCCCAGACAUGACGCUAGAUAAGGAGGAAAUUGCAAAGGACCUUUUGUCAGGUGAUGAUGAAGAAACGCAGUCCUCGGCUGAUGAUUUGACUCCAUCUGUCACGUCACACGAAACAACAGACUUUUUCCCACGACCUUUAAGAUCGAAUACAGCAUAUGACGGCGAUAAGGAGUCAGAAAGCGAGGAUUUGGAGCCGGAAAUUGGAAACCCUUCAGAAGAUUUAAGGAAGGAAAUUAUGGUCGGGUCCCAGUAUCAGGCAGAAAUCCCACAUUUUCAGGGACAUUACAUGGCAGAUUUAUCUGACUACGAACACCUAGAUCAGUUGAUCUGGAGUCCAGAUGUUGUUCCGGAGUGCAAAGUGGAGGCUUUUCUGUUGGAAACCAUGAGAAUGGAUAACAAGAGGAUUGUGGACAGACUAUCAGAUGGGAUCAUAAUCAAAGAUCACGAACAGGCUCUGCAUGAACUCUUCAAGUGUCGAUACAAUUUCACGGAGGCAAUGGAAAGGUUUUGCAGUAGAGGAGUAUUACAUGAAGAGUUCAAGCCUUGGACUGAGGAGGAAUGUAGAAAUUUUGAACAUGCACUUCUAAUACAUGGGAAGGAUUUUCAUCUAAUACAGAAAAAUAAGGUGAGAUCCCGCACAGUGGCUGAAUGUGUAGCUUUUUAUUACAUCUGGAAGAAAUCUGAGCGAUAUGACAACUUUGCCCAGCAAACGAGAUUUGGCAAGAAACGGUAUCACCAUCACCCGGGAGUAACGGAUUACAUGGACAGAUUGGUAGAUGAAGCCGAGGCACUUGGAGGAGCUGAGAGUCCAUCAGCCUUAACCUGUCAGAAUCGGACGGAGUCCAUCCCCGAGACCCAGCUUAACAUUCUGCAUUCUAUAACUAGCGACUUUACAGCACUGACUCACAGCGUGACCACCGUAUGCAAUUCUCCAGACAUAAACUGUUUAAAUGACGGCUUCCCGCCGCUAGACCCGUUGCCCCGCGGCCCAGUGAACCACGUGCCUAUCGGGACAGAAGACCUGCUCACCAUGCCCAACAACGGCGAAAGCGAUUGCUUUACCUUAUUUGAGACUGGAUUUUAUCCUCCUGAGCUCACCUCGGUGAGCUUAUGCAGCGAAGAAAACGAGAGGCCGGCAAAAAGGAUAAAAAUGGGGAUCUCCGUCCCAGAACCGUUCAUCAACGACGUGUCUGUAAAUAACCUAAGCGUAGACUUUGAGAACCACGCGCACCACAUUACCAGUGCCAAAAUGGCUGUAUCCAUGGCAGACUUUAGCAGUCUUUCUGCGAAUGACACAAAUAGUUUUAUAAGUUCGCACACACUACACCAUACAGCCCUGCAGUCGGAGUGACUCCAGCCUCCUACGAACGUUCUUUUUUGGGAACGCAGCCGCCGCGAAAUCUGAUCAUAAACUUCGGGUUUGCCUAGUCUUUCACUGGAAGUUUGAACUUUUCUCACUAUGACAUCAGUGAUGUCUUUGUAUGUAAACAACCGUAUCUUGAUUUUUGUCAAGAAUUUAACUUUUUUUUCUUUUUCUUUUCGGUCCAUUUAAAGUGGAAAUGAUAAUGUUCGGCAGAGUUGGGAACUCGGAUCAUGAUCUGGGAAAGCAGCUUUUAGGCUUAACUUCUAUUUUUCUUAAAAUUUGGGUAGAUUAAACUUUGGUCUCCAUCUC